GAAUUGUUCAAAAUUUUCUUCUGACUAUUAGUUAUCUAGCCAGAUGAUUGCUAUAUGUACUUUCUCGACACUCUUGCUCGAAAUCAUUUAUGACAAGCCCUCUAGCAACGACGGAAGGUUUCACCACAUUUUCAGCUCUCUUCUAUUCUUUUGUUUUCUUAACCAUGCUUACAAGAUCUGUUGUCAUGGCGUCGCUACCGUCUGUCAAAGCAGCUUAUUGGCCUUCGUGGACGACAACUUUCCCACCAUCAGCCUUAGAUACAUCCUUGUUUACUCAUAUUUACUAUGCUUUUCUCAUGCAAAGCAACGUCACCUAUAAAUUUGAAAUCUCAAGUCCAACAGCACUUCUUCUGUCGAAUUUUACUGCCACCCUCCACCACAAGAAUCCGCCGGCAAAAACCCUUUUCUCUAUUGGUGGCGGUGGUGCUGAUCCUCUUGUUUUUUCCCGCAUGGCUUCAGAGGGAAAGUCGCGUAAAGCUUUUAUAACUUCAGCUAUCGAGGUUGCACGAAAAUUUGGUUUUGAUGCGAUGGACCUAGACUGGGAAUUCCCUAAAAGCCCAAAAGAUAUGCAAGAUUUAGGCCUUUUAUUUAUGGAAUGGCGGCGAGCUAUCAACUAUGAGGCUAGCAGCACUGGUAACACAAAAUUGCUUCUAUCUACAGCACUUUUCCACAACUCAGAUUAUUUUGCUCUGAAUUAUCCAAUCCAGGCGAUAGAAAACAGGUUGGAUUGGAUCAAUGUGAUGGCAUAUGAUUUUUACGGUCCUAGAUGGUCCAAUGUAACCGGUCCUCCUGCAGCAUUAUACAAUCCUGGAACUCAAGUCAGUGGGGAUUAUGGGAUCAGAACAUGGAUACAAGCAGGGAUUCCAUCGAAUAAACUAGUACUCGGAUUUCCCUUUUACGGCUAUGCCUGGCAGCUUGUAGAUGCAAAUAACCAUGGAUUUUUUGCACCUACUAGUGGACCAGCUAUAUCAGCAGAUGGAGACUUGGGUUACGGUCAGAUCAAGAAUUUUAUUUCCCAGAACAGCACCACAGAAGUUUAUACAGUAGUUUCAAAUUAUUGCUACUCUGGCACGACAUGGAUUGGUUAUGACGAUACGGAAAGCGUUACAGCCAAGGUUUCAUAUGCUAAAGAAAAUGGUUUGCUUGGUUACUUCGCAUGGCAUGUUGGUGCAGAUGACGAUUGGACUCUUUCACAAGCAGCAUCGCAAACAUGGGGAUCAUGGACGCUAAUGGCCUGUCAAUGA